UGUGCGUACGGUUAGUAGAAUAACCCCACCUCAUCGCAUCUAAUUCGGCGACGCGACCAAAUAUCGCUUAACGCUCAAAAGCUGCUUACUUCAGCCACCGCGGCUCCACCUUUGCGACCCCAUCGCCGUUUCGAAGCGUGGCUUGGACUGACUGGACAGCAGAGGUCACGUCAGCUCAGCCAGAUCGUCGCAUAGUAUCAUUAAUUAUCUUGUAGCCACCCAAACUAAUAUCGAACCUGUCUGUUCAAAUAACACCCCUUCUUUCCCGACAGCCCUCGAAACCACCGGAGAACGGACAGCGUCAACGGCUUCUUCGGCCGGACCUGCCAUGUGCUGACAACGCCAUCCGCAAACGUCACAGUUGGGCGCCGAACCCCUUAAAACCUAUAACUUGCCGAACUACGCGCCCCUCGCGACCCCGUACUUUGCUAUUCAAAAGCAAGUCCAAUCAUCGCGAUGAAGUACAUUCUUUAUUCAACCUGCUUCUUCUUUUUCGUCCUCGUCACAGCUCUCUACUUUACGCGCGAGCACUGGCGCCACCGAGUGCCCAACAUCCACGUUCCGGGUGCAGACUACAUCUACUCGCGCCUCCCCGACAGCUUUGCGGGUGAUAUCGAUGCAGGGCUAUCAAGCAGCACGUUCGAUCUGAGUGGUAAUGUGGAGGCGGGAGACAGCCGCAGGGGACUCGAUGAUACGGCCAAGGCGGAAGUGUUGAAGAUCAUGAAGAAGAGGAGAAUGAAUUUCGACCAGGCACGAAAAGUGUACAUGGAGAAUCGAUUCCAAGCCAACGGUAUCGGCGCUGAUGGAAGGCCGCGCGAUCCGAAGUUCGUCAGCUUCUCUUGAGAAGGAGCAGGAGAGUCUGAUCGGAGAGUUCAACGUGGAGGCAAAUUAUCGCGCCGCGUGGAGUUUGCUGCUGUUUUUCCUAGUGUACCUGGAUCGUCGCUGCUUCGCUCAAUACGGGCCAAGUAUUCUGCCAUCGCGGCAAUGUUUCAUUCUAGUUUCCGUUGCAUAGCGAGAAAGAAGGACCACCUUUAUACCAGUUGUGUCAAGAAGGGAGCGU